AAUAAGGUUAGGCUGCAAUUACAAUGACACAAUUUUAAAGGUGCAUUUUUCGAACAUAAGUUUAAAUAAACAUUAUGAAGUCUUUAAAAAUUUACUCUUGGCUUAAAAAUGACCAUUAUACUAAUUUAAACUGGGUCAAUCAUGUUGCGUUAGCAAAACAAGCAAGCUGCCAUGUGAUUUUAGCUUAACAACUGUCAUUUUUUGACAUCGGUUUGUUGUUGUUGUAUCAAAACCUGGGCCAUAACCAUUAAAACUAAAGUGAACUUAUUUUUAUAUUUUAUGUAUUACCUUAUUAUCCACUAACUUCUUAAUAAUUUAUAUUUAAUCACAAAUCUCUCAUAUAAGCUAAGAAAUAAAAUUCCAUAUGUAAAAACACCGCAGAGGGGCACAAGCUAAGGAUGUCCAAGAUAACAGAAAGCGACUUGUAUGGCACCAAUUUUUCAGUGGAAUCCAUCAAAGUUAUAGCGGAAAGUAUCGGGAUCGGUAAUUUACAAGAUGAAGCGGCCAAGGAUCUUGCAGAGGAUAUCUCUUUUCGUUUAAAGCAUAUUAUUCAAGACGCCGCCAAAUUUAUGCACCAUGCAAAACGAGUUAAGUUGUUACAGAGUGAUGUUGAUUCCGCCUUGAAAGUUAAAAAUAUUGAGCCCCAAUAUGGGUUCCAUUCGACUGAACCACUCCCUUUCCGAUUUGCCUCUGGCGGUGGCAGAGAAUUACAUUUUAUCGAGGAAAAGGAAGUGGACUUAGGAGACUUGCUUACAAAUGUGAACCCAAAAGCUCCCUUGGAAGUUGUAUUGAGAUCUCACUGGUUGUGCAUAGAUGGUAUUCAACCGACUAUACCUGAGAACCCACCUCCUGUAGCUAAAGCGGUUCAAAAGCUAGAGUCUGUAGACCCAGUGAAUAAAAAACCAAUGAAGGAAACGGCUGGGAAACCCAGUACAGGAAAACAAAAAUUGAAAAAUGUAGAAACUGUUCAAAUUAAACAGUUGGCCACUCACGAGUUGUCUGUCGAACAACAGUUGUAUUAUAAGGAAAUUACUGAGGCAUGUGUUGGAUCAGACGAAGCCAGACGAGCAGAAGCUCUUCAGAGCUUAUCAUCAGAUCCUGGUUUACACGAAAUGCUUCCCAGGAUGUGCACAUUCAUAAUUGAAGGAGUAAGGGUAAAUGUUGUUCAAAAUAAUUUGGCACUGCUCAUUUAUCUUAUGCGGAUGGUUAAGGCUUUAUUGGACAAUCAAUCUUUGUAUUUGGAAAAAUAUCUUCAUGAACUGAUACCUUCAGUAACAACAUGCAUAGUAUCGAAACAGUUGUGUAUGAGACCUGAACUGGACAACCAUUGGGCCCUCAGGGAUUUCGCUUCUCGACUGAUGGCCCAAAUUUGUAAAAACUUUAAUACGAGCACGAACAACAUUCAGACGAGAAUCACCAGGAUGUUCACCAACGCUUUACAGCAAAGCGACAAAAUCCCGAUGUCGUCGUUGUACGGAGCGUUACAGGGUUUAUCGGAACUCGGUACCGAAGUUGUUCGGAUUUUUAUUUUGCCCAGGAUUAAAAUUAUCGGUGCUCGCCUCGAGAGCCACUUGGACCAGAUCGGUAUGGUGUCGAACGCCGAUCGAACGGCCGCCGGUCACAUCAAACAACUGCUGAUCAAAGUGAUGACGCCGAUCAUAAAAUCGUUACGGGGCCCCCCCGAUAACAUCGAGGACUACAAACAGGACUACGGCUACUUGGGAUUUUCGUUGCACGGCGCCGUUGCCAAAGCGCGCACCCAAAUUACGGCGCCCGCGUCCUCUUCCGCUAAUUCGGCAACAUCGUCGUCGUCCGGCGUCGUGCCGUCCGCGACGGUCGGACCGUCCGUCACCGCGCGAACGGUCACCUCCAGCGGAAUUAUACAGCAGAGUAAUCCGGCGCCCCAAGGAAGAACGAUCGUGAUGAGUCAGCAGCCUCAGAGGUUCUCGCUACAACAGAGUCAGCAACAAAAGGUCGUUUUUAUGCCGCAGAGGUCUCAAGGUAACGCGGCCACACAGCAACAGUUCAGUCAGGUCACAUCGCCGACCACGACCGUGGUUAAAUUGGUGUCGAGCAGCAACCAAAAUCUGACGCAACAACCGAAAUUCAUCCAAAGUCAACCGCAAAAGAUGGUCGUCGUUUCGAAUCAGACUAAUCAAAGUGCGUCGAAUCAGUCGCAUCAGGGAACGUUCGUGCAACAGCUGCAACAGUUGCAACAGCAACAAAUGCACGCGCGGAAAAGUAUCGACGAUAUUCCCGAUUUAGGUUAAGUUAUAUAAAUUUCUUUUUUUUUUUAAUAAUAAAUAAAUUUUAAGCAA